AUGCUGUAUCGAUUUCGGAUUUAUCCUCCUUUACCACUUCUCCUUCUCCUUAUUACCUGCUGUCUUAAUGGGGCUGCAAACAUUUCAACGUGGACUUAUCCUAACUCGUCAAAGAACUAUCCUUCUUCCUCAACAUUCUUUCAGAAAGAUCUCGCCUUGGAUAGGCGAAAACGCUCGCUCUCAGCUCCAGUUGACUUUUCCCAUCCUUCACCACCUCUAAUAACUCCUGAUCUGCCUCCUUUGUUGCGGUUUUUCGAUCAUACAGGUGCACAGGUCCGUUGCCAGGCGACAGGAAAUCCACGACCCACUGUCAAAUGGCUUAUUGCCUCUGGAUUUGAUGGGAGUACUAAUGGAAAUACGUCUGAACCGCUGGCAUUGGGCUUAUCUGCCUUUGUUCGGUACGUAACCAUCACUCUAUUCAUAUCGGUAACUUUUAACAAUGUGAUCAACUAG